AAGUGAAAACUCUGAAAACAAAAAGCUAGUUGAAUAAUAAACUAUUUAAUAAUUAAUAUAAUAAUUAAUGAAUUGGUUAAAACUGAUAAAAAUUGUGGUUAAAAUAUGUUUACUUUGUGAUUUAAGUGAUUCACUUCACAUUUAAUUUAACUACCAACAUUUACACCAAACUUCACUCAUCAAACCAUUUUAAAUGUUAAAUAAAUUCUUUGGAGAAACUGAUUCAUUUUGUCAAUCAUGACGUCACAAGUGUCAACUCAGCAGAUGAAUAAUGAUGCAGGCAGAGCAGAAUUCACCACUAACUCCCAUCAACUCAUAAAAUAUCUGAACCUCAGUCCUACAUUUUAAACUUAACAUCACAAAGUUAAAUUGACAGAAAUCUGAAUGGACUUUGGUUUGGUGUUUUGGGUCCUGCAGUGUUCUCUCAUUGGUCUGAACCUCAGCACCAAACUCCAUUCAGAAAUCAAACACUUUAAAGUUUUGUCACCUCGGUAUAAAAACAGUCCUCAGUUUGUCUCUUUGAUCCUUCUGUCCGUCCAAUGAGCGUCCGGCUGUGACGUCAGCUGCCGAAUAUGAUUCUGGUCCAAUGAGAAUCCUCUGGGACUCGGACUGGUCCGCUCGGCUCCGCUUCUUCUCCUGCAGAGCCCAGACUGUCUCCAGGAGAGACUUCAUCGCCAUCAUCAUCAUUAAUGUCCCUCUGAGACCAGGACUCGGUAUGAGACAGACGGACGGAUGGACAGACUGAGACCAGGACUGAGACCCGCAGCCUCACAUAGAUGAAGAGGUCAUGGAGAGACGGAGCUGUGGAGUCCGACACAUGUGCACUCUGAGCCUGCUGCUGGUCUCCGUGUGUCCGCUCUGCUGCAGAGCCUCCUGGAUGUGGUUGGGCGUGACCUCGGCGGGCCUCCCAGAGCAGCGGGGUUGUUCUGACCUCCCUCUGAGUCACAGACAGCGAGACCUGUGCCGUAAGAAGCCCUUCCUGCUGCCCAGCAUCCAGGACGGCGCCCAGCUCGCCAUUGCCGAGUGUCAGAGUCAGUUCAGACACGAGAGGUGGAACUGCUCCACCACAGAGCAGCCGUCAGUGUUUGGAUACGAGUUAACCAGCGGAACCAAAGAGACAGCGUUUAUCUACGCGGUGAUGGCGGCAGGGCUGGUCCACGCCGUCACACGCUCCUGCAGUCAGGGGAACAUGACGGAGUGCGGCUGCGACACUCGGCUGCAGGGCGGCGGCUCGCCGAAGGAGGGCUGGCACUGGGGCGGCUGCUCGGAUCAGGUCCAGUACGGCAUCUGGUUCAGCCGCAAGUUCAUCGACAACAGUGUGAAAAACACGUCGACCAGCAGAGGAGGGUACACGCUGAGCACAUGCAACCAGCACAACAGUGAGGCUGGACGACAGGCGAUCGUCAGGACGAUGUCCACGCACUGUCGCUGUCACGGCAUCUCCGGCUCCUGUGCGUUGAAGACGUGUUGGAAGACGGUGGCGGCGUUCGAGCGCGUGGGCGUGUACCUGAAGGAGCAGUACGAGGACAGCGUUCAGGUGUCGGACCGCUCGAGGAGGAAGACGAGGAGGAAGGAUCGGCACCGCCUCCCCGUCGACAUGCACCAGCUCAUCUUCUUCAACAAGUCGCCAAACUACUGCGUGGAGGACCGGCGGCGGGGCAUCGCCGGCACCAGAGGACGCCGCUGCAACCGGACGUCCACGGGCUCGGACAGCUGCGUCCUGCUGUGCUGCGGCCGAGGGUACAACACGCACCUGGUGAGACACGUCCAACGCUGCGAGUGCAAGUUCAUCUGGUGCUGCUACGUCCGCUGCCGCCGCUGCGAGAGCAUGAACGACAUGCACACCUGUAAAUAACAACAACAACAACACACCUGUAAAUAACAACAACAACAACACACCUGGAGAAAAGGAUUAAAGAAGACAGGAGACAGACGGGAGCCUUUAAGGACAAACUGACGCUUCAUGUUUGGACGGACGUUAUUGGACUGUCCUUUAACCCACUGGGAACGUUUCUAUGGAAACGAGCUUUUUAAAGUGAUGAUGUCAUCACUGAAUGGACCAAAUAAGGAGGAUUUGAAAGACAUUUCGGUUCACGCGGACCAACACGUCUCAUCCCAGCUCAUCAAACACCACCGCUCUGUCAGAGGACGUACACAUGUGCGUGUUGAUUUAACCUUGUUACACAUGUUGCGUCUUUUCAAAAUAAACUUCAGUUUUCACAGGAAAUGUUCAGUUUCUGCUCGUUACUCAGACUCUUUCAAAAUAAAGUUACUCUGUAAGUGAAACACUUUGGGUCUCGUUCAUGAAACGUGAGCAGAUUGAAUUUGUGUGUAAACUGUUGUCAGAAGGAAAUUUAUUCAUCAUGUUCGUCGCUCCGAUGUUUUUAUAGGAAUUAAUAACUGACUGAUCGUAGUGUCGACAAGAUACUGAACAGAAAUGUUGUUAGUCAUUAUUAGAAAUUACAGUUUUUGCUCUGUAACAUUCACAACACACAGAUGUGUGUGAAACACGUCAAACAUGAUAGAAAUAAAACACUUAUUUAAAAUGACUUAAAACAAACGUGUAACACUAAAAUAACUUCUUUGCCCUCUGAACGCAGCGCAGCCCCAAACUGCAGGUGAUUCUUCUUUAAUGAUCACUGAAGAAACAUUAUUUCAGGUUUGGUUUAAUAAGACCUGUGGACGUCUGACUCCGCCCCCAGCGGGCAGCGU